CGGUCACAGGGCUGCUGCCGGAAUUGCUUGCGUCCACUGGCGGCCUGAGGCACCGCCUCCUGCACCGGCCCAAGUGGGACCAGCCCCAGGGUCACCCGGAGGCAGCUCAGGGCCUGGCCCAUACCGCACUGCCCAGGGGGAAGUCUUCUGAUUGGCUGGAUGCCUCUUUCACUGAAGCGGCCACGAUGCUCUGCGCUGAAUACCGGCCCCUCUUCUGGAAAGCAGCGUCGGCCUCCUGGGUGCGCCAGCUGGAGCUCCAAGCACACCGGGCUCAGUUCCAGAGGGGAGCCGGGGCUGCCCUGGGCCAACGGGUGACCGACGCUCUGGCGGAGGCUUGCCUCCCUGCGGAGGCUGCAGAGGCCCUGAAGGAGGCGGCACUUUGCCUGCUCAAGCGUGAUGCCCUGUGGCAGUGGGACCCAGGAUUCUGCCACGCUCUGGGCGCCAGCCUUGUGGACAGGUGCUUGCCCAAGCCCACGACUGUGGCCUGCAGCCAGACAGGGCAGGUUCUGCAGAGCCUCUUCCUGCUCCUGGCCUUCAGCAUGAGUAGCCUGGAGAGCCAGCCUUUCCCUGGUGGCCCAGGGCAGCGCCAGGUCCCUGCCAGCCUCCACCUGCACCUGCUUUCCCUUGCGGUGGCUACCUGCCGUGCCUCUUCCUACUGGACCAUGAGCAAAGCCUACCAGUACUUGGCCUCCUGGUCCCUUGGCCAGUUCCUCCUCGUGGCCCAAGGGGAUCUGCAGUUGCUGAAAACGGAAGCCAGGAAGAUGUUGGUGCUGGUGAGCAGGGCCGCCUUGGAGGACGGGGGGAAGCAGGGCCCCGUGGCCUCUCAUCGGGAGCGGGAGCUGAGCCUGCAACUCCACUUGGCAGCCACCAGCAUCCAACUUUUUGCAAAUGACGUGCUGGAGUUGUUCUGUGUGGACUGCAGACGCGUGUCAGCAGAGGUCUUCGGACAGGCCAUGCCGCUUGGCAAAUACUGGCGCCUCGCCCUCCAGGCAGAGCUGCCCUCCGCUGCCAGCGAGUACGCCCAGGCUGCAGCUCAAGCUAUCCUGGCUCCAGCCUUGCAAGGCGUCCGGUGGCUGCCCCAGGAUUCCCAGGCUCUGGUCCUCAGCCGGGUCACAACGGCCUUCUUGGAAGCCUGGAUGGAGCACAUUCUGGCCCAGAAGAUCAAGUUCAGCCUUCAGGGAGCUCUGCAGCUGAAGCGGGACUUUGAUCUGGUGCGCGAAGCCCUGCAGUCGGAGAAGUUCGAGCUGCCCGCAGAGGUGAAGAAGCUGGUUCUCUCCCUUCGGGUCUUCCAGCAGACGGACAACGCCAUCGCCUGCCUCCUCCAGCAGCCCCACAGGGGCGCCUUGUCCUCACUCAGCUGGGAGGCCCUGCAGAAGUGCUGCGCAGGUGAUGGGAUGCGGUCCUGGCACGCCAGCCCGGGCAGCCUCAGCAACCUGGAGCACCUGGAAGGGCUGCCCGCCCACGGGAGAGCUGGGCCAGAGAGCUGGGCAGCUGACUUGCUGAGCCGUGCCCCAGGAGGUGGCACAAGCUCCGAGACCUACCUGAGCCUGGCCCAGCAGGAGUGGCUGGCACUGCGGCUGCGUGGGGCUCGCCACUGGAAGAUGCCCGCCCUCUCCUGCAUGAACCCCCUUUCGGAGGCUUGAGCAGCAGCAGCCGCCCUGGAUCCAGCUGGGCCUCCAGCGCCUGCACGAAGCAGCCCUCCCUCCUCUGGGGGGCAUCUGAGUUGCUGGGCCUCCCAGCCUCCCUGGGAGUGGGGGCGGAGGGGUGGGAAGGAGCGCAGUCCCACGUAGGAGGCCUUCCUUGCUCUGGCAAGAUUCUGCAAUGGGCAACCCCCGAUUUUGGUUCAGGAGCAAAUUCACAAGAAGCCGCCUCUCUCUCUGAGCCGGGGCCAUUCCUGGUCCCGGCUGGGCAUUCUGCAGGACGAGGGAGGCUUGUCUGGGCUGUAGCACAGGGUAGGGACCACUGGUCUGGCUCCUGGGCUGCUUGGAAGGGCAGGGAGCCAGGGGAGGGGCUGUUCCCGCAGGACCCCCUCCCUUCUGGUUCCCCUUUAGGGGGCAUCUGGGCCUGGGAUGCUAGCAGGUGCAGUUGGGGCACUUCUUGGGGUCUUUGGGAGGGGGAGGAGGGGCCUGCACAGGUGAUGCAAACUCCACCUGCCCAACCUGCCUUACAGGAGGCGCAGAGAUGCUGCGGCCUUGAUCCUCGCUUCGGCUUCCUCUCCUCAGGCAGGGACCUGAAGGUGCGCCAUUUGUCCCCAGCCCUCAAAAUCCCUUUCCUCUUUGAGCCAUCUGCCCCUGACCAUCCAGCAUCUUGGCCUUCCUCUCGGACACCAAAAAGCCCUGGGGGGUUCCUGGUCCCUUUGAAACUUUUGGCCGCCAUUUGUCCUGCCCUGUUGGCUGGGCAGCCGGAGGAGCAGAAGGGUGGCAGCUCAGGCAGGUGUCCCGAAGCUCUGAGGGACUCAGGGAAGCCCCUUCCUGGCUUCAGAGGCUGCCUGUCAGUCAUCCCCCUUGGAGAUCUUGGCCAGGCAGAAGCGGAUCACUGAUUUUCUACCUUCCUCUUGUGUGAAAGACGAAAGGCUAAAGAAAUAAAGGUUAUGAGAUACUUCA